AUGUCUGGCAACGAGCGACGGAUGGGGGAUUCGACCUGGGCCCCUCCGAGCAUAGGGUCCUCGGCGUCGUCGAAAGCGGAGGUUCCGGGGCCCUCCAGCGAUGGCGAUCCGGAUGCGAAGUCGAGACGCCGCCGGCGCGGCGCUGAUGCGGAAACACAACCCAAAAAGCAGUCAUUCUAUUUUGUCGAUUCAACCUCGUCCUCGAAGGAAAAGCGGGCACAUGUAAUGCGACAUCAUGUCCAGGAGAAAAGAAAGCAGCGCAAACUUUCACAUGGAAGUUUACACCCAGAGCAACUCCAAGAAGCAAGGGCCUUGCCGGCCAGGAAUGAUUCGGGUUACGACACGGACAAGGAGGCAGCCAUGACAGGCACGCCAGGACCUGCCGGCGAGCAGAUAUCUCCGCUGCAGAUUCGUUUCUCGACAGGGAUACCAUACGCCCAGCAGACGGUGCCACUACAGAUGGAGUCACCGGUGACGAUGCUCGAUGCAUCGCGGAGAGAUCCCUUUUCUAGUUUACCGAUGCUCCAGGAUCCUGAAGACAUGGAGCUGGUGGAUUAUUGGACGACCAAAUUGACCUACUGGUCCGGCCAGAAUUCUUAUGUGAAGAAUCAGAUCUUCCGAACCGCCAUGGAACACCCCUUUUCUUUUCAAGCCGUGGUUCUCGUGUACUGUGCGCGGUAUAAAGCCCAGCUGUAUGGGCUUUCAGACAGCAAGGAAGUCCGGCGACAUGUCGGACAGGCCAAAAAGAAUAUUGAGGACGCCGUCGCCGGUUCAUUACACGUGCACGACGACCAAUUAGCCAUGGCCCUAGCCGGCUUGGCCCUCUCGGAGGAGCGAUACGGAAGCAGCCAGGAUGCGCAUGCCUACCUUGACCAUGCUGUUCGAAUUAUGCGGCAGCGGGUAGGAGCAAAUCCUUCCGUGGAAGUCUUUCUCCACUACAUGCGGUGCAUCAUGCCGGCCAAAACCCCAACCCUCGACCCGGCUGACCGGCGCUGGCUGGUCACAUUUCUCCAGGGAGCGCAAGACCUCAUGCAAAUGCACAGUGCUUCUGAAUGCCAACCCCAAUCAACCCCGCGACGCACCGCUUUCCAAAUGGAAAGCCCGCUCUUCUCCCUCCUCUCCAGCGGGCCCCGGCCCUCGCAGGUACCCCACGCAUCCCGCAUAUACGUGGUCCACAACGCGAUGACCCAGGAGGUCAGCCGGACGGCCGCGCUUAUUUACAUUACCGCCGCCCUGUGGGACUUCAAGGACUCGGACAGCCAGACUCAACGAUUCCUCGUCUACCUGUGCGCGCUGGUCGAGCAGCACCAGCUGGACCGAUACCUUGCCUGCGAGACCCUGCUGUGGCUAUUGCUGGAGCAAGGGUGCGAUCCAGACCUGCGGGACCCUGAACGGGCAUGGUCUACUGGUGCGCUGCACACGGCCCACUGGCAGCUGCCACCGGACCUCCAGUUUCAUUUCAACGAGAUGCUGAUGAGCUUUCUGUCGCUACGGCCGCCGAUUCGGGGCAUUGGCGUGUUCCAGACUGAGCUCCAGGAGAGCUUUGACAGUAGUAGGAGCAGAACCUCACCCCAAUGA